AUGCCGAAACGGACGCUCUUCACCAAUAUUACCCCUCUGCCGCCUCAGGUAUCGCGCGAGGUCGCGGUCGCCAUGCUUCACAACCAUGACGAAAUGAUCGAAUUGAAUCCCUUGGUCAUUGAACAUCAUCCCAUCAAGACCCCUAGAGAUGCACCAGCGGACGAAUUCUUAGGUUGUGUUUGGCAAGAGCUGACGGACAAGAUCAAUUAUGGCGUCGCAAAGGGAAAAGUCAGCUACAAGGCAUGUUUUCAUGAUACUCCCAACGGAUUGCAAACACACAUCUACGCCCCAUUGGGCCUGGAUAUUCGGGAGAAGUGGUCAAUCGGUGGCACAUUACCGGGAGAGCCACCCGAGGCUCGAGAACUAGGUGUCGAAACUCCUCGUCAAGGACUUUAUAUUCGCGAAGAUGGUGAUAUGAGGUGUAACCGGAUGUUAUCUUCGUUUGUUAGAAAGAAUCUUGAUAAUGCCCACAAAGUACUGGUGGAACGAAUCCUUAAGAAGGCCGAAAUGGUGGAAGAGCAUGUACAAGCAACGUCCGCAUAUCCCACCAGUCCCGGCCCUCAAAACACUCGAUUUCAACCUGGCUCACACAUGGCCAAAUCCUCACUGCUCAAUAACGAUUAUCAACGUCCACUCUCCCCUCAAAUGCUGUCCCCACAACAGGACCACGGUGGUUGGCAAAACAUGGCCAACCAUCCUGCAUAUCGAAGUCAGAUAGAUGAGAAGUCUGGCUACCUGCAAAAUGGAAGGCCAAUGAGCACCUCCACCCUGCCACAAUACCAGGGUCACGAUCCACGGACGGGUUACUACAGUCAAAUAUCAGGAGUGCAGCAGCAACAAAUGCAGCAAAAUUACCAACACGCAGGACUCACUGCGCCCAAGCAAUUCGUCGCCGAACUUCCUGGCUCAACCUAUCACACAGGGCAUCACCUGUCGGGGACACCGGGCCAACCCACGCCUCCACAGUCGGACUAUCGCAUGAGCAUGGUUUCGGAACUGUCCGGCGGUUCUGACAAUGCCACUCCUCGAGGAUCACCCAGUGGACAUCACAACAGUGCCACCUAUUCUGACAGGUCAAGCAUGAUCUCCGAGCUUCCUCUUUCUCACGCUCAACCACAGCAAUACCAGCAGCAACAGCAGCAAUAUAAAUACAACAAUCCGAAUGAAAUAGCCCAGCAAUCGGUAGGAUCGUCCAAUACCUCAGAUCGCUUCAGCAUGGUCUCCGAACUCCCCUCUGACCAACAACAACAACUACGCAAUACCUGA